CCGGCCGCCAUGGAGGCCUACGAGCAGGUCCAAAGGGGUCCCCUGAAGCUGAAAGGCGUCGCAGAGCUCGGCAUGACCAAGCGGAAGAAGAAGAAGGACAAAGACAAGGCGAAGCUCCUGGAAGCGAUGGGGACGAGCAAGAAGAGCGAGGAGGAGAAGCGGCGCUGCCUGGACAAGCGGACCCCGGCACAGGCGGCCUUCGAGAAGUUGCAGGAGAAGCGGCAAAUGGAACGGAUCCUGAAGAAAGCAUCCAAAACCCACAAGCAGAGGGUGGAGGACUUCAACAGACACCUGGACACGCUCACGGAGCACUACGGCAUCCUCAAAGUCAGCUGGACGAAGUAGCCCCGGCCGCCCGCGAGGGGCAGCCCUGGUGCCCCGACCCCUCUCCCCCGCACCCCCUCUGCCUGGAACCCGAUUAAAGCGAGACCGCCCCCCACCCACGCGACUGUGCGUUCUUGGAAGGGAAACCCUGGUAGUCUGGCCCCGGAGCGC